AUGAGCAGUACCUUGGCGUUGUUCUGGGGCUUGACGGCUGUAGAGAAAAAGGCGCGGCUCGAGGCUUCGGACAAUCUUGUAAAUGCACUCGUGGCACAGCAGGAUACAUCUCUGCGUGCGCCCCGGAUAGAGCCCCCUGCCUUGUUGCACAUCGACGCGGAGGACGAAGAAGCACAAGCCGCAGAGGAACGACUCGAUCAAUACACUUCCGGCGAUGUAAGUUAUUCCAUUCGCCGUCUUGUGCGUGGCCUUGCAAGUCCGCGUGAGAAUGCGCGACUUGGGUUUGCCGUUGCGCUCAGCGAGCUUUUGCAGCGCCUGCCUGGCAUGCAUGCACACGAUGUGCUCAUCCUUUUGCUCAAACAUACCGUCGUGCGUGGGAAUAUGAGUGGGCAGGAAGCGCGCGACUUGCAUUUUGCGCGCCUGUUUGGUAUCUAUGCGCUGGUUCGCUCGGGCAUCUUGUAUGCGGACAAUGCAUCCCUCACCACGUUCCAGCGCUCCUUCCAAGUGCUGCUUGCCAUUGCCGCGUACAAAUCGUGGCUGAGUGAACCCAGCGGGUACGUGCUUGUACAGGCAUUGGAGCCGCUGGCAAAGGAUGCCAUGUCGCGCCCUUCCUGGGCCGACGAGGCGAUCCAUUGGAGCGCGGAUCGCAUCUGCACCAACAAGGACCUUUCUCCAGAGAAGCUUGCCCUGUUCAUCACCUUUCAGCGAAUCGACCCUGGACUUGCAAUGGAACCGCGGAUCGUUCCACCGCUCAAAUCUGAGCAUUUGCUCGCUGCGUCCAACUUGCCGGUGAUUGCGCGUGCGCUAAAGGAAGCAGCGCCGCUGCAGGUCGACGGCGACAAGGGAGCGCACGGGCCGGGAACGUGGACUACACACCUGCCGUUUGUAUGGAAUAUGCUGCUGGAUACCUACUUUUCCGUGCCAGAUGCGAGCCCUCCAAACACAGCGCCGUUUGCCGAUUUUUUUCGUAUCGUCGUCGACGAGACGCUGUUUGCAAACAGCGCAAGCCCGGAGCGCAAGUCGUGGGGCUUCCAGGUUUUGCACAAGGCAUUGGAACGCGCACCAGCUGACGUCCUUCCAUUUCUCUUUACACCAAACCUGAUGCGGACAUGGAUUAAUCAACUUACAGAAAAGAACCGUUUGCUGCACAGCAUGGCGCAAAAGACAGUGACGUACGUGAGCGAGGCGGUGAAGCGCAAUCCUACCGCAGGUCUUGCAUUGGUUACACAGCUGCUUGGCGAGCAUGGCCGCCAAAACUUUGACCGCGUCACACAUACCAAGACGAUCGAAUCGAUCCUUUCCUCUUUGGACGAGUCGGGCAUUCGUCGUUACCUAGCGUAUCUGCGUGGAGUUGCCUACGCUCCCGCGCCGGGAGACGACGAAAAGCUUGUCACUUCGCACCGGCAAUGGGUAUGCGAUCAGAUGCUGGCAUUGGUGCGUAGUAACCUCGUGCCGCGCAUGCAAAAGUGGGUGGAGGACGUGCUUUUGUUUUUCGCAGCAUUUGGCUACUUUGCAGUAGCCAAGACGCCAAAAGGGGGCUGGGACGAAAUCCUUACUGCGCCGGCUGCGCCGUUCAGCAAAGAGACGCGCACGCUUUGCCAGAUGCGUCUUCAAGCGUGCCUUGCCGAGCUCAAAGGUCCGAAUCAAGCGGAGCAGCCAUGGCUGCUCGCUGUCCAGGCCAUGCACGCGAAGAUGUGGAAAGACGACACGCACUUUAGUCCUACCGUCGACGAUGCAGUGAAGGCGCGGAUUGAAGGGGGCACCACUGUGCUGCGCUCCGUGGGAAAGGCUGCUGAGAAGACGAGUAAGGAGGACGUAAAGACGCGUAUGCAUGCAUUCACUGCACUGCUCGCGGCAGUGAUGCUUGUCACGUAUGAAGACGAUGCGGCGUCACCGGAUCUUGUUGCGCCACUUGUCGAUGCUGCAAAGAGCUUGUUCCCUGAGAAGAAGAGCAAGCGCGAGGCUCGUCAAGAAGAUUCUGCAGUCGAACUCCUCGUGGACAUUCUCGUUGACUUGCUCGAGAUCUCUUCUGCGUUCCUCCGUGCGGUAGUGAGCCGCACAUUUGCAGUGUUUAGCGCUUCGAUAUCGGCUGCGAGUUUGGACCAUUUGGUCGCUCAGCUGGGUGUGAAUGCUGAGGGUGCAGGGGAGGAAAUGGUGGAUGAGGGGUAUGAGGAGGUUGAGGAGGAUGAGAAUGAGGACGACGAUGAUGACGAUGACAAUGACGACGACGACAACGACGACGACAACGACAACGACAACGACGACGACAACGAUUCUCACGACGACGACACCCACAAUGACCAAGUCGAUCCUAUCCUCCGCUCCCGCAUUGAAGAGGCAUUCCGCGCGAGUGGCAUGGUCGAAAGCGAUGAAGACGAUGCGUUUGAUGACGACCAAAUGACACAACUCGACGACAAGCUCGCAGAAAUUUUUAAGCAACACAGCAACUCGCGACGCAAAGAAUCCGAAGUGAUCCAGCGCGACACCGCCUUGUUCCACAACAAAAUCCUUGAUCUGCUGGAAAUCUAUGCCAAAGAACAAAGUGCGUCGCCUCUGCUUGUGCGUUUGGCCGCACCGCUGUUUGCAUUAGCAAGAGGCCAUGGCGACACGACGCCACAAGUAGCUACUCGUGCAAGCCAAAUUUUGCGCUCGCGCGUGUGCCGCCCCAAGGAGCAAGUCCGCGGCGACAUCGACGCUCCUCACCUCUUAACCGAGCUUGAACAUACGCUUGCCUUUUUGCGUACAUCGCAGGACGCGCCACUCACUGAAUUGGGCGGCGCCGUAUGCCAGUUUUAUACCAAAGUGCUCUUGAGAAAUGACGAUGCACAAUUGCCCGAGAUCGUCAAGGCGUACGAUGCUACGCUGCGCGACUUUUUACAGCGCAAGGCUUCGCCCGUCCGCCCCGCCUUUCUUCUGGAUACGAUCCGUCGCUUCAGCGUGCUCGGCUGGGCGCUGCGGCAGCCUCUGCUGGACGGCAGCCGAUACAACUUUGCAGCACGCACCUAUCGCCAAGUGCAAGACGUGAAUAUGCUACUCGUCGUGCUGCAGCAGCAGUGUACGGCAGAGACGCGCCACGCCAGUGUUCCAAUCAUUCUUGCCUUUAUCGCCAAGGUACGCGACUCUAUUCUUGACACGAUCCGCGCCGCUGUCGAGCCUACAGAAGAGUCGAUGAACGCACAGCGUCUCAAGGAAGUGCUUCGCUUUGCGCUGCAGGCGGUACGCAUCACGGCGCGCAUCGUCAGUGGUGAGAAGGAUGCUACAGGCACAAUGACGUCGUGCUGGCCGCCCGCGGCGCUGCAAGACACACUUGCGCAGCUGCAACGCUCGCCACGCUUUUCCAGCUCAACCUCGCUCCAUGGCCUCUUGAAGGAAAUGCUUGCCGUCGUUCAGCGCACAGGUACCAGCGAAGCGUUGCAAAAAAACAAGAAACGCGCGCCGGCAACAGACGCUGCCCCGCACGACGACCGACCCAAAGCCGCCAAGCGCGCCAAGCCGCAGGGACCGUAG